UUUGAGAGUUCAGGCAAAUUAGCUGCUUAACCGGUGCGUUUUGAGACAGGGCAAAAACUUCUCGACUCAACCCUCCAUCCGUUUUAUCGACAAGAAGAAGCUUCUAGCUCUGGCUUCCAUUUCUCCUGCUCUGUGUCUCGCUUUCUCUCACAAAUGUGUUCGCUACAACAGUGUUUUCUCAAUGUCUCAAUAGCUCCCUCUCUCAAGACCUCUCUGUCUCUGAAGUUCGAAUUUCCCCCCACCUCACUUCACUUACCUUCAAUUCGAACCCGUAAUUAUGGGCCAAGAGAAGCGACUGUUUCGUCCCUAGAAGAAAUUCCGCCGAAUGCUCUUCGCCGUAAGUGCGACCCGCAAUGGCGAGGAGGAUUCAGUCUGGGAGUCGACUUGGGAUUUUCCCGCACCGGCCUUGCCCUAAGUAAGGGCUUCGCUUUUCGUCCUCUUACGGUUCUGAGAUUGAGAGGACAAAAGCUUGAAAUGCAGCUGAUUGAGAUUGCGGAAAAGGAGGAGAUUGACGAAUUUAUAAUUGGGUUGCCCAAAUCUUGGGAUGGGAAGGAGACGCCUCAGUCAAACAAAGUUCGUUCUGUUGCUGGAAGGCUCGCGGUUCGAGCUGCCGAAAGAGGUUGGAGAGUGUACCUGCAAGAUGAACAUGGGACAACCUCAGAGGCUUCCAACCUCAUGAUUAACAUGGGCCUCAGCAAGUCUACUCGGCAAAGAAGAACUGAUGCCUAUGCUGCUGUGAUAUUACUGGAGAGAUAUUUCUCCAUGUCAGGCCAGGAAACUGAAAUUGUGUUGCCCAAGCAGAUUGAUCUCCUAGAGAAACUUAGAAGGAUAAGCAUGAAGACAAAAAUUUGUAUGCUUUGGUUGGAGGAGAGUAGGUCUAAACGAUGAUAUUUUCUUGCACAAACGCGAGCACAUGAAGAGAAAGAAUCAAACAAUUAUAGGAAAUUUGAUACCUAAAAACACUCAGGCCUCUUGGCCUUUAUUUUAUUUUAUUUUUUCUUUUUGUUUCUUCUUUGUUUUCUUAAGAGCACCUACCUUGUGAUUAGAAGCCAAGAAGUUCUGUAUUAGUGUUCGAAGAGCAACCAAUUGGCUAAAGCUCUUGUGUUAGCAACUUGUGAGCAGUUAAAACUGCAACAUGAGCAACUUUCAGUAAAAAUAAAUUUAAAGCAAAAAUAAUAUAGUAUCUA